CCUCUCCGCGCCAUCCGUUCCAUUUCUUAUCCCCUUGCCUCCUCCCCCUCCUCUUCUCGAUGGCGUCCCUCACAGUCCCCGCUCUGGCCCUCUCCAACCCUACCUCGGGCUCCGCCUCGGCUGCGUUUCCGCGCGCUGCGGCCUUCCGUUGCUGGGCGCUCCGGCGGCGCGGGUGGGUGGCGGCGGCCGUGGCCUCGCCCAACUCCGUGCUCAGCGAGCACGCCUUCAAGCGGCUCCAGCUCGGGAGCGACGACGAGGAGGGAGUGUAUGGGAGCGACGGUGAGGAGGGGGUCGCGGCGGGGGCGGGGUUGGAGGGGGAUGAGGAGGAGCUCGCCAUUGCCAGGCUCGGCCUGCCCGACGAGCUCGUCGCCACGCUCGAGAAGCGGGGAAUUACACACCUCUUCCCCAUCCAGAGGGCUGUAUUGAUUCCAGCUCUUGAGGGCCGUGACCUGAUUGCUAGAGCAAAGACUGGAACUGGAAAGACACUAGCCUUUGGUAUACCCAUGAUCAAGCGAUUAAUUGAGGAGGAUGCUGGGCAGAGUUUGAGGCGAGGUCGUACUCCUCGGGUUUUGGUUCUAGCACCUACUAGGGAGUUAGCCAAACAAGUUGAGAAGGAAAUAAAGGAAUCAGCACCCAAGCUCGGUACAGUUUGUGUUUAUGGUGGUGUCUCAUAUAAUCUCCAGCAGAAUGCACUCUCACGUGGUGUUGAUGUUGUUGUUGGAACACCGGGUCGUAUAAUUGAUUUGAUAAACGGCGGAAGCCUUCAGCUGGGAGAAGUUCAGUAUUUAGUCCUUGAUGAGGCUGACCAAAUGCUAGCAGUGGGGUUUGAGGAAGAUGUGGAAACAAUAUUACAACAGCUUCCUGCAGAGAGGCAAAGCAUGCUUUUCUCUGCGACGAUGCCUAGUUGGGUUAAGAAAUUGUCUAGGCGGUACUUGAACAAUCCUUUGACAAUUGACUUGGUCGGCGAUAAAGAUGAAAAACUUGCUGAAGGAAUCAAACUCUAUGCUAUCCCACUCACAGCGACAUCAAAGCGCACCAUUCUCAGUGAUCUUAUUACGGUAUAUGCAAAGGGUGGGAAAACGAUUGUUUUCACUCGGACAAAGCGGGAUGCGGAUGAGGUUUCAUUGGCAUUGACGAGCAGUAUUGCUUCUGAGGCACUUCAUGGGGAUAUUUCACAACAUCAGCGUGAAAGGACACUAAAUGGUUUUCGUCAAGGGAAAUUUACUGUUCUCGUGGCAACCGAUGUUGCUGCUCGUGGUCUUGAUAUACCAAAUGUUGAUUUGAUCAUCCAUUACGAAUUGCCAAAUGAUCCAGAGACUUUUGUUCAUCGUUCUGGACGCACUGGACGGGCUGGAAAAGCAGGAACUGCAAUCUUGAUGUUCACAAGCAACCAGAAAAGGACAGUUAGAUCACUCGAGCGUGAUGUUGGAUGCAAGUUUGAGUUUAUAAGCCCUCCGUCAAUGGAAGAAGUGCUGGAGUCAUCUGCGGAGCAUGUCAUUGCUACUUUGCGAGGUGUGCACCCAGAGUCGAUUCAAUAUUUUCUUGGACCAGCUGAGAGAUUUACAGAAGAGUUAGGGCCUCAUGCUCUUGCUUCCGCAUUGGCACAUCUGAGUGGGUUUUCUCAGCCACCUUCUUCACGUUCUCUGAUCAGUCAUGAGCAGGGGUCGGUGACAUUGCAAUUAACUAGAGAUCCAGGGUAUGGAAGAGGCUUCUUUUCUCCUAGAUCUGUUACUGGUUUUCUAUCUGAUAUUUCUACAGCAGCUGCUGAUGAAGUUGGCAAAAUAUACAUAACAGCAGAUGAAAACGUCCAAGGAGUGGUCUUUGAUUUACCUGAGGAGAUUGCAAAGGAUUUGCUUAGUAUGGAACUGCCCCCAGGAAACACCAUAACCAAAGUAACAAAGCUGCCUGCAUUGCAAGAUGAUGGUCCUGCUACUGAUAGCUAUGGUCGCUUUUCAAACGACCGAGGCUCCAGGAACAGACGGUCCAGGGGUGGCGGCGCAAGAAGCCGGGGUGGUUGGGACUCUGACGGUGAAGACCGAUUUCGCCGUGGUGGCAGGAUCUUCAGAUCUGACAAUGAUAGUUGGUCAGAUGAUGACUGGUCAGGUGGUGGGAGAAGAUCAAACCGUUCCUCAUCCUUUGGUGGCCGCUCAUCAUCUUACGGUAGCCGUGGCUCGUCAUCUUACGGUAGCCGUGGCUCACCAUCCUUUGGUGGCCGCUCAUCAUCCUUUGGGGGUAGGGAGAGUAACAGAAGCUUCAGCGGUGCUUGCUUCAACUGUGGCGAAUCAGGGCACCGAGCAUCAGACUGCCCAAACAAGUAGAUGCUAGAAAUGACAUUCCUCCCUGCCGCAUGGCAUCGCUCCUUCCGGGCCUGAUCGGCUUCCAAGGAGAGGCUGGACAAUUGAACACAUGCCUAGCAAAUAUCCAAGCCCAGCCAAAUACAGCCAAUCCAUAUAUGCCUGACGCUUAUGCCUGACACGGCCCUUGUGCUUCCUACAGUUUUGUGUGGUGACUUCGUCGCGAAGAUUUUGGCACGCUGACUACCAAGGAGCUGCUUCAGUUUAUUCAUGUAACACAGGUCUACAGGGAUAUGUUGUAAUUUUUGGUACCGCUUGUUGAAGAUCUCAAUAGAAUGUUAACACCACGCGAACCAUUCGUGUACAGUUGUUACGGCUACACCAUUGGACUGACGAUGUUGUCAGAAGUGUGCACGCAAAUUAGAGUUACUGUUGUGCUCUCAAA